ACCCAGCCGGGCACCUCUCCUGUGGGGGAGCCUUCCAGAGGGAGCCUCGCCCAGCCUCUGCCCCGGGGACCCCGUGCACAGCACUGCAGCCACGGGCCCAAGAUGCCAGCUGUCCGGCUGCUGCUUCUGGCCUGUCUGCUAUGGGACGGGGCGGCCAGGUCAGCCCAGCUCCGCAAGGCCAACGACCGGAGUGGCCGGUGCCAGUACACCUUCAGCGUGGCCAGCCCCGCUGAGUCCAGCUGCCCCGAGCAGGGCCAGGCCAUGCCAGCCAUCCAGGACCUGCAGAGAGACAGCAGCAGCCUGCGCGCCGACCUGGUGAGCACCAAGGCCCGGCUCAGCUCCCUUCCGGCCCCGGCGGCUGGGCCCUCGGAGGGGCCGCCGAGGGAGCUGGACGCCCUGAUGAGGGAGCGAGAACAGCUGGAAAGCCAAGCCCGGGAGCUGGAAACGGCCUACGACAACCUCCUCCGGGACAAGGAGGUGCUGGAGGAGGAGAAGAGGCGGCUGGGGGCAGAGAAUGAGGAGCUGGCCAGGCGGCUGGAGAGCAGCAGCCAGGAGAUAGAGAGGCUCCGGAGGGGCGAGUGUCCCCACGCCCGCAGCACCUCUCCGGAUGUGCCCCCGGGCUCCAGGGAAGUUUCGAGGUGGAAUCCGGAGAACCUGGACUUCCAGGAACUGAAGUCAGAGUUAACCGAGGUCCCUGCUUCCCGCAUCUUGAAGGAGAGUCCGCCUGGCCACCCCGGGAGCGCCGGCGGGGACACUGGAUGCGGAGAGCUGGUUUGGGUGGGAGAGCCCGUGACUCUGAGAACAGCUGAGACCAUCACGGGCAAGUACGGGGUGUGGAUGAGGGACCCCAAGCCCGUCUACCCCUACACGCAGGAGACCACGUGGAGGAUUGACACGGUGGGCACCGGCAUCCGCCAGGUGUUUGAGUACAGCCUCCUCAGCCAGUUCUUGCAGGGCUACCCUUCCAAGGUGCACGUGCUGCCCCGGCCGCUGGAAAGCACGGGCGCCGUGGUCUACGGGGGGAGCCUCUACUUCCAGGCGGCCGAGUCCAGGACGGUGGUCAGGUACGAGCUGACCACCGAGACUGUGAAGGCCGAGAAGGACAUCCCGGGAGCCGGCUACCACGGCCAGUUCCCGUAUUCCUGGGGCGGCUACACAGACAUGGACCUGGCCGUGGACGAGUCGGGCCUGUGGGUCAUCUACAGCACGGAGGAGGCCAAAGGCGCCAUCGUCCUGUCCAGGCUGAACCCCGAGAGUCUGGAGCGUGAGCAGACCUGGGAGACGAACAUCCGGAAGCAGUCCGUGGCCAACGCCUUCGUCAUCUGUGGCACCUUGUACACCGUCAGCAGCUACUCGUCGCCCGAUGCCACUGUCAACUUCGCGUACGACACGGGCACGGGGAGUAGCAAGGCCCUGGCCAUCCCGUUCAAGAACCGCUACAAGUACAGCAGCAUGAUCGACUACAACCCCCUGGGAAAGAAGCUCUUUGCCUGGGACAACUUCAACAUGGUCACCUACGACGUCAGGCUCUCCGAGGCAUGAGAGGCAGGCACGCUGGGUCAGGAAGGGCGGCGGGAGAGGACGUCCGGGCGUCCCCAGGGGCCGGCCAGCCAAAGCCCAGCAGCUGUCCUCUGCGUCCCGCGCUUUCGCGAAUCCAGGAGAACGCGCCCCCUCACCGUCCCUGCAGCUGAUGGUGGGAAUAGCCAUCCGGGCACUUAGUUUCCUAAUAGAUACUAGUAGAUACGCUUGUCUUUUGUCAGCUCUUAAAGGGGUGUUUAGCCAAAAUCGUUGGAGUUCCCUGGUGAUUUGGGGCAAACGCUGUCACAUGCAGUCGUUUCUUCAUGAAAACCACAAGGCUUUUUAUAAGUGGCCUCCCCUGGCUAACGAGGGUGUUUGGAGAAGAGUUUGGGGAAACGGGCUGGGAUCCAGGUGGACGCCGGGGCCACCCCCUGCGCUUGCGUGCAGUGUGGUUAACACAGGCCACCAUGAGAGCAGCCCUUGGGGGGUGGGGGAGCCAGGAAGCUCUGUGGCCAGCACUGAACUUGUGUAAGAUGCACUGACUUUAGCUGCUUCUCAUGCUUCAGGUAGAGUGCAGGCGGGCAUGACAUACCCUUUGCCCGUGCAAUAAAACGAUCGCACAUGCCAUC